AUGCCCCCGUUCAUCAAUUCUCGAGCGAUAAUCAUACCGGAUGAGGAGCCUGUGGACGAAGUCCGAAAUGGAGAAUUGACCCAAGUACAGAAGAAUGGUCUUCUUGGAGUCCUCGCGACAGUCGACCUAAUUGUACGUUGCAGUAUCCGUCGUCAAAUCAGCCUUGAAAUGAGAGCUUCGCUUAUGAGAAACUGCCACCAGCUCCAGUCAACAUUAACCGCCCUUCUCGCAGUGAAUCGUCUAGCUUUCUUCCAGGCAGUGGAGCCUGCAUUCACCGAUCUUAUGCAAGAUCUCCUUGACAAAGUCAUAAUGAUUUUUGUUUAA